UAAAAUCAGUUUUCGAUUGCAAUCCAACCAACCAACACACACAAGCAAUACUGCAAAACAACACUAGCCUUGCACCGUCAGUCGUAUAGAGAAGAGAGCUACCGUUAUUGCUGCCCUGCUCCUCUCUUCUCGAAUAUCCUGUUUUGCUUUUCGCAUUUUUUCGGUGACGCAUUUGCGUGCUGCGUAAUUUCUGUUGUGUUUUGCUUGCAGUUUCAAUUUAAAUUCCAAUCAAAUAAUAUAAUUGUUUGCAUUAUUAAUGUACAGAGCCCCUAGUUUUGCAAUUAAAAUGCCAUCAAAAUUAUGUUAAUGUAGUCAUUAAAGGGGCAAAAAAAUACAAGCAAAAACUACAACAGCACAACCAAAAUACAAGUCCCAGACCCCCAAACAGUAAAUAAAUGCUAAAACAGCAAGCGGCAACAUACAUAUUAUGAAAAAAAAAAUCACAAAAUUUAUUAAAAAGUGAAAGUUUUUAGUCGUCGUUGGAGUUGUGCACAAACAAAAUUACCAGAGAGGGAAAAAGAAAUGCAAAAACAAUCAUCGACUCUUGGAAACAAACCAAAAAAAAAACAAUAACAACAACAAAAACAGCAGCAGAAGCAGCGCAGCAACAAGCUCCAGCCUGCCAGGUCGUGAGAGGAGUCCAAGAGAGUUUUGUGCAAAGCAGCCGAGACCAGGCCAGGUCGUGAGCGGCGCCCAGAGAGUGCGCCUAGACAGCAGGUCGCGAGAGAAGCCCAGAGAGUGCAAGCAGGCAGGUCGCGCGGGAGAGAGGGCCCGCGCCUAGCAACUGAGCGAACGCGUUCCACACAUAACGGAGCAUAACUGGUCAUAAUAGAACCGCCAAACAGCAGCAGCCGCAGCAGCAGCAAGCAACAGUAACGACAAAACAAAACAAAUAUUUUUUCGCCGUCCCCGUCUUUUCAAAAUGCUGUAAGAAGGAAUAGACGCCACGGAUAAAAACAGAAGAAAUGGGGGCGGUGUGGCGCGGAGAUCUUUCGCGCCCCCGCAACCGCGCCAGGUUCUCUAUCAUCCGAUGGCCCAGGCAUCCCAUGUUACCGCCAAUUGGAGAAAUCCAGGUAACACCUUUACCGUGAAUCCACCACCCCAGAGGCCGUGGCUUCCCCUGGCCAAGCCGAACAAAACGCGUCCAGCCUGCAUUUUCACGGUUAUGUGCUACAAUGUGCUCUGCGAUAAAUAUGCGACACGGCAAAUGUACGGCUACUGUCCAUCGUGGGCCCUGUGCUGGGAUUAUCGAAAAAAGUCAAUCAUCGACGAGAUCCGUCACUAUUCGGCGGAUAUUAUAAGCCUGCAGGAGAUAGAAACGGAGCAGUUCUAUCACUUCUUUUUGCCAGAGCUCAAGAACGAUGGCUACGAGGGCAUAUUCUCGCCCAAGUCGCGUGCCAAGACAAUGUCCGAGGUAGAGCGGAAGUAUGUCGAUGGGUGUGCAAUAUUCUUCAGGGCCUCAAAAUUCACCUUGAUCAAGGAGCACUUGAUCGAAUUUAACCAGCUGGCGAUGGCCAAUGCAGAGGGAUCGGAUAACAUGCUGAACCGUGUGAUGCCCAAGGACAACAUUGGUCUGGCCGCUCUGCUCAAGGUGAAGGAGAAUGCCUGGGAGCCGAUGUCCGAGGUGACACAGAUCUCACAGCCGCUGCUCGUCUGCACGGCGCACAUCCACUGGGAUCCGGAAUUUUGUGAUGUCAAGCUCAUCCAGACGAUGAUGCUCAGCAAUGAGCUCAAGACGAUAAUUGACGAGGCCUCGCACAGCUUCAGACCGGGACACAAGAACGACUCGAACAGUGUUCAGCUACUGCUCUGCGGCGACUUCAAUUCGCUACCCGACUCCGGGGUGGUUGAGUAUCUGGGCAAGGGACGGGUCUCCAUGGACCAUCUGGACUUUAAGGACAUGGGCUACAAGUCGUGCCUGCAGCGCCUGCUUUCGAACGACACCAACGAGUUCACGCAUUCCUUCAAACUGGCCUCCGCCUACAGCGAAGAUAUCAUGCCGCACACUAACUACACGUUCGAUUUCAAAGGCAUCAUCGACUACAUAUUCUAUACGAAGACGGGAAUGGUGCCUCUGGGUCUGCUUGGGCCCGUCUCAAAUGAUUGGCUGCGCGAGAACAAGGUGGUGGGAUGUCCCCAUCCGCACAUACCCUCCGAUCAUUUUCCGCUGCUCGUUGAACUGGAGUUGAUGCACACGGCCAGCCAGGCGCCUCCUAACGGGCUGAUCAACAGACGGUAGCAAUAGAAUAGACGCGGCAGACCCACCAUGAUGACAACGACAACUACACGGACAGCAGCCACAGUCGGAGGAGGAGCAAGUGGGAGCAGUGGUAGUGGUGGUGGUGUCGCCGGCGUCGUCAACAGCAACAGUGCGGUAAAUAAUAUCCACGGCAGCAGUUACAGGGGACGCAGCAACAGUGGCAGUGGCAGCGGCAGCCACAGUCACAGCCACAGCCACAGCCAUCGCAUAGUGGCACAAAGAAAGGUACCUCCUGUAACAGCAGCCGCACCAACUGACAAGCAGCCACCACCGCAAUGAAGAGAGACAACCAAUCCACGGUCACCUGCCGCACCCACAAUUGACGUGGCGCUCUGUUCGCAACAAGAUUCAGUUUUAGUUAUGUACGUUAAAAAGAUUAGAUAACCCCAUACCCAUCCAAGCCCCGAUCAUCCGAUCACAAAAACCCAAUAAGUUAUAAGUUGACGACGUUGCAGAGGCCUCGCUCCUUUGUGCGCUGGUUCGCAAAGCGCGUUACCAAUGCAAUCCAAAAAAAAAAGAAAAAAAAAUCAAAGUAUGAUCGUAGCUCGUAAUUGGAGGAAUUUAACUUACUUGCUGAUAAUCUUCUGACAACCGCGCCCCGCCCUCGCCUUUCUUUUUUGGUUUUAUCACAUUCACACAACACACACACACACACACAUACACACAUACACAAACAUAAACACAUUUUCCCCAUCGAAUAAAUUACAUUUAAAGUUA